CGUCUUUAAUUAGAACCCCCAGCGCCCACCUACCCAUCCGGGACGCAUAGUAUCAUACCACCAUACCCGAGCAAGCCUUCCCAGUGCCAAUCAGUCGCGCUGGGGUUAGACUCGCCCAAGCCUUCGGCGAAGAAGCCAAGCACAGGUAAGCCUUCUCUAAACCUGCAACUCACGCAUGCCAGCCCUUUUUUUUUUUUUCGUUUGUUUUUCAGUCGCAUCUCUAGCCUUGGGUGACAUUACUGGCUUAGCUAGCUAGACUGAUCCGUAUCGAAUCGAGUUGUUGACAGGCGCCUGCCCGCUGACUAGAUUUCAUCAAUGACGUCCAGCACGGCGUCGACCGCCGCCGGGACGCAUCCCGACGGCGAGCGCGACAAUGACGUCGACAUACAGCUCAGUCGCAAGAUAAGCCAGGCCGUGGACGAGGGUCACGACGCGGAUAUCCCGUCGAGCGAAGGGUUCGUGCUUACGGAACAGGAGGAGCUCAAGCGAAGGCGAUCGAUAGCCGAGCGGAGGAGGAAUUCCAUCGCCAGCAAGAGGAGCAAAGCUGAUCGCGACGUCGAGAAGGGCCGCCAGCCGGGCCAGGGUGUGCUCUUGGGUGCCAGCGACGAAAACGACGAUGGCAGCGACGACGCCAAUGUCGUCUGGUGGGACGGCCCCAACGAUCCCGAGAACCCGUACAACUGGCCGACCUGGCGCAAGGGUCUCAACUGCAGUCUCAUCAGUGCUAUGACGUUCAUCUCCCCGCUCGCAUCGUCCGUCUUCGCCCCCGGCGUUCCUCAGGUUAUGCGCGAAUUCCAGUCCACCUCCUUAGAGAUUGCCGCUUUCGUAGUGUCGGUGUACGUGCUGGGUUUCGCGGCGGGCCCUAUGUUGUUCGCACCGCUCUCCGAGAUAUACGGUCGGGUCAUAUUGUACCACAUAUGUAACGUCGGAUUUGUGGCUUUCUCGGUUGGCUGCGCACUCGCCCCCACCCUGAACGCCUUGAUCGUCUUCCGGUUCUUCGCGGGCGUGUUCGGCUCGGCGCCCAUCACGAACGGCGGUGGCUCUAUCGCUGACAUGAUCGCUCAGGAGAAGCGAGGAGCCGCGAUGGCCAUAUUCAGCAUCGGUCCGCUUCUGGGACCCAUUAUCGGUCCCGUAGCUGGGGGUUUCCUGACCGACGCCAAGGGCUGGAGGUGGGCGUUCUGGUUGCUGACCAUUGUGGGUGGCUUCCUGACGAUAUUGAUGCUCUUCAGCAUGAAAGAGAGCUAUGCACCCGUUAUCUUGGAGAAAAAGGCUGCUCGGCUACGCAAGGAGACCGGUAACGACCUGAUCCGGUCAAAGCUCGACGUGGGCUUAUCGGCCAGCGACUACUUCAAGCGAGGCAUCAUCCGACCCUUUCGAAUGCUGUUCCUCUCCCCCAUCGUCGCUAUUACCGCCCUCUACAUGGCCGUCACGUACGGCUAUCUAUACCUCAUGUUCACUACUAUCACCCAAGUGUUUAUGCAAUAUUACGGCUUCUCUACGAGCACGGUCGGCUUAGCCUUCCUCGGGCUCGGCGCGGGAAGCCUGUUCGGAAUUGCCAUAUUUAGCCUUACCUCUGAUAAGUACAUACAGAGGAAGGCGGCCGAGGACGAUGCGAAAGCUCAGACGGCUGGCAAGGCUACGUCGGGUAUAAAGCCAGAAUACCGCCUACCCCUACUCCCCGUUGGAGCCAUGUUGAUCCCGGCUGGGUUGUUUAUCUACGGCUGGACGGCAUCCUACAGGGUACAUUGGAUCGCCCCUAUUAUCGGAAUGACCGUGGUAGGCGUAGGCAAUAUCCUCGUUUUUAUGACGAUUCAGAUGUACCUCGUCGAUACCUUUACUAUCUACGCCGCUUCGGCUAUCGCAUCUAAUACGGUGGUUAGAUCGACAGCCGGCGCCGUGCUCCCGCUGGCUGGCCUGCCGAUGUACGAUAAACUAGGCAUCGGCUGGGGCAACAGUCUGCUCGGCUUCAUCGCUGUUGCUUUAUUCCCCGUAGCGGUUGUUAUUAUCAGGUACGGAGAAUAUUUACGGCAUAGGUUCGCGAUCAAGAAUCUCUAGUCGCUAGAUCGGUAGGUAUGCUUUUGCUAGCUUUCUCCUAGAAAAAAUUGGGUUAGUUGCAUCAACGAGGAGACGGGCGCAUAUAAAAAGGUUGGGUAAACAGACGCCUUCUAUCCUUUAUACUUAUAACUAUAGAGAGGUCGUCACAGCUACCGAUGCCGUCUUUCUGUGCCGCAUGUAUUGGGCCGUCUAGACCAUAGAUUGAGUUAUGCCCU